CAGCAUUUUCGACGUUGACACGAACGAUUGGGAUGGCACGGAAAUGGCUGGAGGAGAGAAAGGAGAGAAAUGCGAUUUCAACUGGUUGGAAUGACGUCGAUGAUGAUCACAGUAAAAUACGACGAAAUCUUCCCACCAAUAGUUCGAAUUUUUCGUCGCUAAGCCACACCAUCUUGGCUCGGAUCAUGCUUUGCAGAGAGAAUUUACCUUACAAAAAAUUUGCGGGAUGAUGUCAAACUCCUCGAGCUGUCGCCGAUAGAUGCUCAUUUUCUACGUUACCGCCCAUCUGAUGCUGCUCAGAAUCACAGAAUAAACAAUUCGACCAAGUGGCUGCUAAUGAUGGAUCCAAGAAAUCGGGAAUCGAGACGAGGCUUACACUAAGCCGAAAUAUUAAAUAAUAUUUAUGUUUUUUUUUCCCUUUUUUCAAAUUUAUUUUUUCAUUCUUCAUGUACAAUAAACGAAAUUUUUGGC